AUGAUAAUAAAACUUUUGAUCAUAAAUCUAAUUUUAUAUAUUAGAGUUUCAAAGCAAGUAAUUAGAAAAGGAUUUGCGUACACAGAUACAAGAGGACCUUGGCAUAAUGAUGUAAAUCUUUUUCACAACGAUAGGCAUCUUAACUCAAUAUUUGUUGAUAUUGAUUUAUAUCCAAACCAAUUCAUUGGUUUGCAUUUUCAAGAUGAUCAAGAUGUAGACAGGGUAGAGCCGAUUGAAGAGGGUAAAUAUUUCGUUAACCUUGAUGAGUUAACUAAACCCGUUGGAUCAUUUAGAAGAAAAAAGAAUGACAUAAAAAGCAUUGGAUCAUUAGAAUUGAUAAAAAAAGGUAAGGACUACAAGAUAUAUUUUGAUGGUUCUAAGAUAGGCGAUAAGGUUGUUAAGAUGUUCUUCGAGUUAUUUAGCAAACAGGGUACCACAAAAGGAAUCGUUCAAAUAAACGUAAUUCCACAUUGGAAAUAUGUUGUUGACACGGAGGAAAAGAUAUUUCUUGGAGCUUCACCAUAUAAAGAGCUAAAUUUUUUCCAUUAUUACAAAGAAGCAAGGUAUGGAGCAAAGACUGAAUUGUCUUGUGAUUGGACCCAAGGUGAAACUAAAGAAUUUGAAGCUAAUGAGUAUACAAAUACUGAAACAACUAUCAAAUAUCAAAUGAUAAAGCGUGAUAGUUUUAGUAAUAUUGCUUCUAGUGUAGACACUUUGUUGUUAAAUUUAACCAACAAUGUGAUAUAUUACAUACCCGGUAGUAAAGCUGUGCAUAUGUUUACGUGUCCAGGAUGGCGCACAGUGAUUAUAUGGAAUUACAAAUACGAAAAAUUGCCCGGAUUAAAUUUCUUAACCAGAAAAACAGUAAGUAAUUAUGUUGAUCAGUCAAAAACUUUUAUUAUUCGUAGCGAUGAUUUGAUUGCAAUUGUUGUUCCCAAGGAUACUUUCGAAAUAGAUUGCCUGAAAGUUUUCAAAAAUUCAUUUGGGGAUGUAGUCCAAUCAAAUGAAUUUUUUCCGGGUUCAAUAUAUACUGAAAUUACAGAGACAAUUAAAGUUUUAAACAUAAUUAAAGCUGGUAGAUAUAAUUCAAGCAAUUUAUAUUGUAAAAAUAGGAGCGAAUCAGGCCCUCAUGUACAGUUUAAAAUUCGACCAUCCUGUGACUUAAAUAAUCCUGAUCAUCUAGACAAGGAUGGAAUAUCCUGUACAAUAUUCCUAAAUUAUUCUAAUAACAAAGUUUACAUCCACGCAGGUAAAACUCUUUCACUCCGUGGGCAUGAAUCUGGAGCGCUAACAUAUUAUUUGGAUGACCCAGAUUCGAUGUCACUAAAAUCGAAGUUUAAACCAAUACCAAAAUCUGACGUUAAUUUUGAUGUAGCAAAGAUACAUGACUAUUUGGAAUUAACAUCAAAAAAAUUGAAUAAAUUCACGAUGGGUCAGGUUUUUAUUUUACUCGAGGAUACACAAAAGGUUUUGAAAAAUAUAGUAAGGAUAUAUAUUCAUGACGAUAAAGCAUUUAAAAAUGUUAAGGUUCCAAAAAUUUAUGAACUUGCUCCUAAUAAAAAAAAUAUGAAAUUUAAUUGUAAAGAUUUGGAUCCUACUGUCGAAUAUAAUUCAAUUAUUUAUCCCAAAGGUAAAAAUACUGUUUUUCGUAACAUAGUCGAUACUGUUGAACCAGAAAAAAUUGAAACUGUUCAGUUUGAAGAAUUGUUUGGAUCGAGUGGGAUCACUAUACUUAAAAGUCCUGAAACUGACAGUGACCUAGAAAUUAACUUCGAUGAAAACUAUGAUAUAACAGCCAACCAUUUGAGACCAAUUUAUUUUAUAUGCCAUAUGACCAGGAAAACCUUUGCACUGGGGUAUGAAAACGAACAUAAAGUUGUAAUUUCUGUUGAUCCACUAUAUAGUCGUGUGAAUUAUAAAGGUUCUGGAAUCAGGGAAGACAUAUUUUCCAAUUCCGAUAAUCAAGUUAAAAACGGUAGAAUAGUUGAUUUUGAUUUAAAUAAAGAUAAGGAUUUGAGAUUCUUUUGUCCGGAUUAUGUUCCAGAACAUUUCUUAGAAGGAGACCAGGAUCAAUACAAAACUGACAGUUUGAGUGAAGAUACCGAAAAUCCAUUCAAACCAUUAGUUAGGUGUUAUAACAGGUCAUCAUUUAUGAGCAGAUUUUUCAAAUCAAAAAGUGAGGUGAACAUUUUGGAAAAAAGAACAUCCGUUUCUGAAUUAAGAUCACUGUGGAAAUUUGAUAUAGAGUCAAUGAAACAGGGGAAAAUAAGUAAAGCGUUAUGUGUAUGCUAUAAUAAGAUGGGAAAGGCAAAGUCGGCUGUCUUUGUACACAUAUAG